CUAUGAUCCAUUUGGACUAUGAAUCCAGUGAGCCUAUCGGAUCUCAAAUCGUAUAUUCAAUUGCGGAAUGGCUCGAGUACAAGAAACUCUUGCCCCAUGCUCCAAUCUACGGGGUCUCUGUGGUUGGCUACUCGUUCAGGAGAAUCAUCGCUUUCUCCCCGGACGAGAUUUACGUGGACAUCCAUCCUUCCUAUCAGCAAGGCGCAAUCGACCAUACGAAUCCGAUCCACUGGAAAGAUAUGGAAUUCGAGCGCCAUCAGCUCUCAUUCGACAGGCUGAUGUAUCUGAUCUCCGCUACAGUCUAUCGGAUCGAGCACCUUGACGAGCUUGCCGCGAUACAGGUGCCAGGACGAACCGCUCCCAACGCUCACCUCGCGCAGAGGCUGUUGAUGCCCGUGCGAUCAGGGGUCUUUCACUCGGAGAUCUACGGCCACAGAGAUUCUACCCUACGCCUCGGAACAGCCGAGACUGCGGCCUCGAAAAUCAAGCGCAAAGAUGAAGGCGGGAACGGGGAAAUCACAAACGUCGAAGCGACGAGCAGCACUCGGCUUACAGCGUCGGACUCGACAGGAUCGGUAGGGACUUCAUCUACUUCCAGCGGCUCUCAUGGCUCUCUCGCCGUGAACAACUCGUCGGUCUGGUCGAUGACAAAGGAGCAACUCACGUUCGAUUGGCCAUCCACAGAGGAGCAACCUACGUUUGACGACGCGGAACUGAGCCAAUACCAAAAUCACCUGUUGACUAUAGCUAAACCACUCGCUUCAAUGUCCAUUCAACAUCAACUGCAGCUGUUCGACUUUGUGGGAGAUCGUGCGCGAGCGCUCGAGAUGGCGGCGGACUUUAUCAAGUUCUAGAUCUGGGAUUUUGGCGGGAUGAGGUUGUCGGAUAACAAAUACUGAUAACAAUCUUGAUUAGACGGUGACCGGGAGAAUGAUAUAUGAUGACGUUGGUGACGAUUAAAUCCAGAAUUGUACAUUACGUCAAGAGAGCACAAUAAUGAGUUAUCUGGCUUGAUAACCGUGUGACG